CGGUCAUGUGAUCAGCUGUGUCCAAUCACAGCUGAUCUCAUGGGACAUGUGCACUGAUCAUCAGGGCACUGAUCAUCAGUGUGCCCUGAUGAUCAGUGUAGCCCCAGCAGUGCCUCCUGUCAGUGUCCAUCAAUGCCACCUGACAGUGCACAUCAGUGCCUCGUCAAUGCCAAAUAUCAGUGCCUACUGAGCUGCCUUUCAGUGUCACCUAUCAGUGCCAGUCAGUACCACCUAUCAAUGCCAGUCAGUGCCACCAUCAGUGCUGCCAGCCAGUGCCUAUCGGUGCCAGUCAGUGCUGCCUAUCAGUGCCACCUAACAGUG